AUGGAUUCCCAGAGUAUUCGCGACCUCGAGUCGGAGAAGAAGAUUUGGUCAGGUCAAUGUCGUGUCUCUAGAAUGUGGCUUGGAGCGAAUGUACAUACAGACAAAGUUCUCCAUUUGGACCUCAUUCUGAUGGAUUCAAAGGGCAAUGAUAUCUGGGUACAAAUCCCUCCUGUGUUGAUAGAAAAGUUUAAGAAGUUGCUGAAGGAGAACCAUAGGAAGACAACUGUUCAUCAUGUUCCUGAAGUCCCUGCAAUUCCGACCUUCAAAUUCAGUUUCCCAAGUGCAAGUCAGAUGGCAGACAAAUUGGGUCAUAUUGUUAUUCUCUCAGAUGUUGUUGGGCAAUUGCACACACAUUCAGAGGCAAUCACUACUACCAGCCUUAUCCGGAAAACUAUAAGGAAGGAGCUCACAUUGAAACAGAUUGAGGGUGAUGUUGUCAAAGUGAUUAUUUGGGGAAGAGUUAUUCAACAGUUUGAUAAGAUUAUUGAUGAUCAUGGUGAUGAUCAGACUAUACUGGUCAUUUCAGCUGUUAGUGUGGGUGAAUUCAAGGUGAGUUAUCAUUUUCAUCAUCAGGGUCAACAGUUGUGUAUCGUAACCUUGAUAUUCCAGCUGUUAAAGCUUUUGCUACCGGUACUGUGCAACCAGAGCUGCCUGUCUUUGUGGAACCACCGCCACCUCCUCAAUUCCCUGAUAUUUCACUUUCUGAACUUCUGCAAUUACAAGAGGAUCCAGACCAGGAGGAAAUGGUGUUUGCUGUUGAAUGCAAAGUUGUUGGAAUAA